AUGAUUAGAUGGAAAGCCAAAACAAAGUUUCCAAAUAAUCGAUUAUUUAUUGAGCAAGAUUUAAAUUUGGAAGUACAGGAACUUGUUAAAAAAUUAGAAGAAUUACCUUAUGAAGAAGAUGAUGAUUUUUCCAAUGAAGUUUAA